AUGGCGACGAGCCGCAGUGUGCUGGGCGGGCGGCGGCCUGCGCCUUCUUCUUCUCUCGGCUCGCUGUCAUCUCUGCCGGCGCCCGCGUUUUCCGCGCCCAGCCGGCGGCCGGCGUCCUACCUGAGCGCGGCGUUUUCUGGGGAAAACGUCUCGCCCUCGAUGCUCGCCAAGAAGCGCAUGCAGCCCGCGCAGACCUUCUCCGCUGCUCCUCUCAGCCGCGGGGUCCCCGGCCGUGGCCUCAGCCGCCUCGUGCAUGCCACGCUUGGCGUCUCGUCUUUCUCUGCUUCUCUCUCGUCUUCGCUCUCGCAUUCUGCCGCGUCCUUCGCCGCGGCGGCGCCCUCGUCUGCGAACGCGACUGCCGCCAAGCCCAGCAGCGCCUGUGGAGACAAGCAGGCCGCGCGGCUCAGGAGCCCUCCAGGGGGCGCAGCAAGAGAAGGCGGCGCGACUGACGCAGACACACACGCUCGCGGCGCCUCAACCGGCGGCGAGUCAGGCGCCCUAGGCAGUAAAGGCAGCCUGGGGCCGUCGCUGAAGGAGCACUCGGCGCUCUCCGCCGCCGCGCAGACCGGCAGCGCGCUCGCGAAAGCCGCACACGGAGCAAAGUCUGCGCCUCUGAACGCCCCGCCGUCGGCUUCGUCACGCGCAUCUUCCGCUGGGGCGGCGGAGGCGCCCGCGAGCUCGCCGCGGCGGACACGAGACAGCGCGCGGGCGACGGAGACAGGGCCGCGCGGUGGCAAGCGGGAGCGCGGCGCGCAGAGGCGCAGGAGCGCCGGGGAGGGCGCGCGGCUGAGCGAGGGAGAGCGAGGCAAAAAACCGGAGGAGAGAUACCGGCGCAGGGGACGAGGCGGAAGGGCGAGCGACGGCGUCCAACGCAGCGCAAGCCCCGAGACCCGCAACGGCGAGCAAAGAGACAAACGACGCGCGCGAGGGGAGGAGGAAGCAGAUCCGCGCGAGAAACAGUCGCACGCAGACCUCGAGGAAGAAGAAAGAGCUGCCCGGCGGAGACGCACGGUGCUUCGCGAGGCGACGAAAAUCGCGAAAGAAGGCUUCUUGAUGUCGCGCGAGGCUCUGGCCUUGAAGGUCGCGGAGAGUGGCUACGAGGUUUCUUGGGGCGCGACCUGCACGCCGUUGACCGUGGAAAAGGAGUUCAUGGGCGGCGUGAUCAUCCUCAACGCGGGCGCCUCGUUCGGUCCCGUCAACACGCAAGAAGGCUUGACGCGUUUGUUCGUCUUGGCGUGCGAAGACGGAAAGCUUCAGUUCGAGUCGGGUCUUAAAGGGUCUUGCGCGCGCGUCUCCCAGUAUUCCGAACUCCUCGUCUCCCCGUUCAGCGCAUAUGCCCUGACGAAUCGCAGCAAGACGCAGCCUGCGCGUCUCUUGCUCAUGUCCAACGGCGUGGAGGAGGCCCGGUUUCAGCCGUCGCGGUUCCUUCCAGAAGUGAAGCAAAACUAA